AGGCUUCAAGACAUAAGAUGUAGUUAAAUACCUUACUAUUUAAGUGAACCUUUGUUCUGUCAAAGUCCAUUACACACUUGUGCAUGGCUGAAUAACACUUUGGAAAAAAAGAUGUAAGCACCUCCUUUAGGCUGGGACAUCAACGGGACAGGAACAGGAGAAUAAUGGCUGGGCCAAAACCUCGAGUGAUUGCACUUUCCAAGCGUGAGGGCCAGACCUAUGGCUUUUACCUAAGGGCUGAAGAGGGGAUAGAAGGACAUUUGGUUCGGGCCUUGGAGAUGGGUGGUUCUGCUGAACUAGCAGGUCUGAAGGAUGGAGAUCGCAUUAUCAGAGUCAAUGGAAUCUUUGUGGACAAUCUGGAACACCUUCAGGUUGCGGAUCUGGUUAAGAAAAGUGGAUUAACUGUCACAUUUCAUGUCCUGGGAGAUGAAGCCUACCGGCAUGCCAAAAGCAGUGGGAUAAACCUCGCAGAACCACAGUCCCCUUCUGCUCAGAGUCAGCCCACCAUGAACGGAGUCUCUGCACCAGGCCCUAAACUCAAACUCUGCUUUCUGCAGAAGUCCAGCAAUGGCUUUGGCUUCUCAGUGAAAUCCUUUAAAGGUGAAGAAGGAAUAUUCAUGACCGAUGUGAUUGGGGGAGGCAUCGCUGAUAAUGCAGGGGUUAAGGCACAUGAUCGUGUGGUGGAGAUCAAUGGAGAAAACGUAGAACGUGCUACACAUGAUCAAACUGUGGAAAAAGUCAAAGCUGCUGGAAAAAGUGUGAUGUUAUUACUUGUGGACGAGGACACGGACAAAUACUACAAGAAUAAAGGCAUCGCACUCGGAGCUGGACUGGCCACAACAAAGUACCUACCGCUGAAGCCUCGCAUAGCUGAACUCACCAAAGGAGCUGACGGUUAUGGCUUCUUCCUCAAGGCAGACCGUGAAACUCCAGGUCAUUUUGUUGGAGAAAUCGACCGUGAGAGUCCUGCAGAAAAAGGGGGACUGAAAGAGAUGGACCAGCUGGUGGCUGUGGAUGGAGAGGAGGUUAUUCACUGUACCCAUGAUCAAGUGGUAGAUAAAAUACGUCAGUGUGGAAAUCGAUGCUGCCUCCUGGUGGUUGAUGUUGAAACAGACAAGAUGUACAAAAUGGGUGGUAUCUCUCCUUUACUUUACUGGGAGGAAACGAGGAGUUCCCCACCUCAGCAGAGCAAUCCCGAGCCUGAACCUAAUGUCGCCCCAGUUCCGGCCGUGCCUGAUGCUGCAGAGAAAAUAUAUAAACCCAAAUUAUGCCGCAUGGAAAAGACCGCUGCUGGGUAUGGAUUCCACCUCAAUGGCAUCCAAGGAGUGCAUGGACAAUACAUCAAAGAGGUGGUGAAAGGCGGAGCAGCAGAUAGAGCCGGGCUGGAGGACGACGACAUUCUGGUGGAGGUCAAUGGGGUGAACACAGAGCAAAGCACACAUGAAGAAGCUGUGAAUCUGAUCCGCAGCAGCGGAGACACAUUGGUCCUGCUUGUAGCAGAGAAAGAUGCCUAUGAUCACCUGAAAGCUAAGGGAAUUGCAAUUACCCCUAAACUGCUGGAUACAGAGAACACACCAGCUGAGUCUCGUGAAAGGACACCCUCCGUUUCAUCUGCAUCGUCAUCAGACAGCGAUGAUGAAAGGCUUUGAGAAAGACAAUUUCCUGCUGCUGCUGGGUUUUAUUUAUAUGGCGGCAAACUGAAAUGCACAAAGAAAUUAAAAGCUUUUAAUGUAAGCA